AUGAUGGACGCCGGGCGCAAAAAACUCGUCUAUGCGUCCUCAUCCGUCAAGCCGGCCGGCAUGACUCUCCUACACCAUAAAGUUGUGGACUGGUAUCAUAGAGUCCAGUGGACCCAUAGCAAGGCGUUACCGACUAUGAAUAGAUAUGAGACACUCCACCAGUACUGGCUUGGGCGCGCCGACCAAAAAGACCACCUCAACAUUUUGCUCUGCAAUAUUCCAUUGGAUACUUGGGUUAUAGAGUUCUGUGAGCUCAUGCGGGCCUUCUUGGCCAUCAAUUCACUCAACACAACCAACCCCAAAGACAUUUUGCCUGGCAUCCUACUCUACCUCCGUCUCAAAGCGUGUUUUGACCGGGUUGAGCCCACACCACUCAACCUGGCUCGUGGUUUAAUCAAGAUGGCCGACAGGGACAAAACUGCGCUUGGCCGAUUUGAAGAUAUUGGCAAUGAGGCCAUUCACAAAGCUGGCAGGACAGCCACCAACCCAUUGCUCAUCAAGGGCCCCCCACACCCAGCUCUGGGCAGCUCCUCAAGCCACCCCGUAAUCAUUCCUGACACUCCUGAUCCACCAAUGGCGUCCAUCUUCAUCACCAAGUCAAUAGUUUGCAAACUGCUCUGUAUGAUGUUGGGAAUUGUGGAGCGUUCCAAAUCCCAGUUAGCCAACUUCAAGUCAAAUAUCAAGCGCAACAAGCAAUCCUUCCAAUCCUCCUACAUGUCUUUGGUUCAAAAGCACAAACAAGAGAUGGAUUUCUCACUUGCCAGCCGGAUGGCCAAGUUGGUUGUGCAGACACAGAAGCUGGCCCAGGCGCACCAGGAGAUCCAAAAUGGCAAAGUUGACCAAUGCAUUUGA